ACAACAACAGCAACAAAUAUUAAUCAGCCAGCCAGCCAGGAGGGGAUCAUCGUUGGCCUAGCUGCCGGCGAAGGAUCGGUAGCAGUAGCAACUGUUGCCACUGGGAGUAGUCCGCAGCACAAAUUGCUGGGCUUGGGUGAACAUUUGAGCGGCGCUGGCGCCGUCAAAUUGCGCAAGCACAGCGAACAACGGACAACGACGACGACGACGCCGGAAGUUGGAGCAACGCAACAGCAAAAGGCCUCGUAUCGCAUCUCGAUGGCCAAUCUGGAGGAUACACAGGAGUCCGAGCUAGAUCUGAUUCUUGGCGAGCUGAGCUUGCUCGAGGCACAGAUCUCCUAUGGCGAGGCGAGCUUUCUUCCCGGCAAUGCUGCUGCAGCAGCCAAUGCAGCACCGCCGCCGCCGCCGCCAGCUGGUAUUUUAGUUGGCGCAUCAUUGCCGCCGCUACCACCGCCGCCGCCACCGCCCGCCUUGGCCUCCAUAUCGGCGGCAUCGUCACGGACACAUUCACGCACAAAUAGCAGCAUAUCGGGUGAUGUAAGCACCUCGACCUCCUCAUCGGGCAUAUCCGAGAAUGGCAAUGGGAAUGGCAAUGGCAAUGGCAACGGUAACGGUAACGGUCUGAUGCUGAUGAUGACCCCAACAAAUGCGGCACUUGGCCCCGGCAUGGUGCCACAAACGGUUGGUGGCGGCAACGCCACACUACUCCUGGGCAUGGGCAUGGGCAUCACGCUGGGCGUGGUCACGCAACGCGAACCCCGCACCGAAUCCCCCGACAAUGAUUCGGCAUUCAGUGACACUGUCUCGCUGCUCUCCAGCGAAUCCUCUGCCUCCUCAAACACUUCACUCCAGCAGCAGCAGCAACAACUGCAGCAACAACAACAGCAGCAGCAGCACCACCACCAGCACCAGCAGCUGCAACAACAAAAGUUGCAACAGCAUCAGCAGCAACCAAUGUUGGCCUCUUCGAAGGCAGCCAAGAUUCAGCUGGCGCUGCAUAAACUGGAAUCGGCCUCGAUCCGGCGACUCUUUGUCAAGGCCUUCACAGCGGAUGGAGCAUCCAAGUCGCUGCUGGUGGACGAGCGUAUGGUCUGUGGCCAUGUCACCCGACUGCUCGCCGACAAGAAUCAUGUCCAGAUGCAGCCGACGUGGUCACUAAUCGAGCAUUUGGCCGAUCUGCACAUGGAGCGCCUGUUUGAGGAUCACGAGCUGCUUGUGGAUAAUCUGAUGACGUGGAACUCGGAUGCCGGCAAUCGUGUGCUCUUCCAGCAGCGCUCGGACAAGGUAUCGCUAUUCGCCCGACCCGAACACUAUUUGCCGGGACCACAGAUGGCGCCGGGCUGCCAGCAUGACGAGCAGACGCGCCACAUGCUGCUCGAGGAGUUCUUUGAGCUGCCGCACGCCCAGCUUCAGCUGCAGUUGGAGGGGCCGCUCUAUGUGAAAACGGACCCGAAGAAGGCAUGGAAGCGACACCAUUUCGUGUUGCGCCCCUCCGGCCUCUACUACUUCCCCAAGGAGAAGACGAAGAACGCCAGAGACUUGGUCUGUCUGACUCUGUUCAGCGGCCACAAUGUCUACACGGGCAUUGGCUGGCGCAAAAAGUGCAAAUCGCCAACGGAUUAUACAUUUGGAUUCAAGGCUGCCGGCGACUCGUCGCUGGGCAAAUCGUGUCGCAGCCUGAAGAUGCUCUGCGCCGAGGAUGGGGCCAGCUUGGAUCGUUGGCUGACUGCGAUACGCAUUUGUAAAUACGGCAAACAGUUGUGGCACAAUCACAAGCUACUCAUCGAGGAGCUCUGCUCCACUGGCGGCAGCAAUGGGACACCGGGUGGAGUCGGUGGCAACGGUAACGGUAACGGCAGUGGCAUCGGCAGCGGCAGUGGCACCUUUGCCUCCUCGAUGCGCAGCGAAUCGAUUAGCAGCAUCUCGUCGGCGGUGCCAUCGCAAUGCGGCAGCGUCUCAUCGGCCGUUAGCAGCAUGUCCAAUUCGAGCAGCGGCCGCAUCUCGCGCGCCUCCAGCUCCAGUUCCAGUGGCUGCCUCUCCGAUGAGAACAAUGCCUUCGAUUCGGAGUUCACCACCGGCACCAUCAAACGCAAACCCUCCAUGAAACCCAAUCUGCCGCUGACGACAAUGACGCGCCAACUGAAGGAGGUGGGUGAGAUAACGACGGGUGCCGUUGGCACCACAAUCUCGCCGCAUACCGCAGCUGACUCGUCAGCAGCUGGCGCUGGUUCGCCGGAGCGCAGUGGCACGUUGACGCGUCGCCACAGUCGCCGCAAGUCGCAGGAGAGCAACGGCAGCAACGGUGGCACCCUCAAGCGUCGACCCCAAGUUGUGCCCGUCAAGCAGCGCGAGCUCGUUGUGGCCACAGAUGCUGGCAAUGGCAACGGUGGCAACUCAUCAUCGUCCAGCAAUUCGACGCCAACGCCCACGCCGAGCAUUAUUUGUGCCAAGCCAGCAACAGCAGCAGGAGCAGCUGCAGCAGCAGCAGCAGCUCAAAUCCAAAUGGGUUGUCUGAGCGAUGUGGAGCUGAUGUGCUCGUCCACAUUGUCGCUGGAUUCGCUGCCACCGCCGCCGCCGCCGUUGCCGUUGGCCCUGCAUGCGGAUGAGCAGGAUGUGUAUGGAUCGCAGUUGUCGCUGGCCUCGCUGCCGCCGCCGCCGCCACCCGAAGAGGUCUAUGUGGAGGCAACCACGCCGCUGACGCCAACGCCCAUGUCUAUGGGCAUGGCCAUGGGAAUGGGCCUGGGUGUGGGUUUGAGCAUGCCCAAUAGCAAUGGCACACUGCCGCCCGCUGUGCCCGCCAAGCCCAUAAAACCGGCCGUGAAGCAAACGUUGAAAGCAGCACCGCCCUAUAAGGCGCCACCCGACUAUGUGGGACCCCCUGCAUCCAUGGUGGGUGCUGGUGUCACCAUUGCUUCGGCUGUUGGUGCUGCGCCGCCACCGGCGCCGGUGCAAAAGAAGGUCUCCUUUGCCGAUUCACCGCUGUUGCGUCGCAAAAUGUGCUCGCCGGAGCCGCAGUUGCCGCAACGCUCGCCAAGCACAACGCUCAGCGGCGCCGUCGGCGUUGUCUAUCACUCACAGGGACAACAGCCGAUUUACUCGCCGGGGCCACUGUUGCCGCCACGCAGCGAUUUGUCGCGUCUGUCGAAUGGCAGCGAUGUGAACAUAGCCAACACGUCCCCGAAACGUCUGCAGGAGUCCGCAUCGAAUCCGCCACGCGACUUCCUCAAGGAUCUGCAGCGGGUGAUGCGCAAGAAGUGGCAAGUCGCCCAGAAGUGCAAACUGGAGCCGGCAACAACGCCGCACGAGGUGCUCGGCUUUCGUGACUUCAACAAUGAGGAUCUGCUCGCUGCCCACAAUCUUAACUCGGGCGCCAACUCAUCGCACUACUACCGGGAGACGGCCAAUGUCAGUCACUGGGUGCAGGAGCACUACGAGUAUGCCCACAACGAGUAUGCCCUCUAUGAGAAUGUGCAUGCCCAGAGCAAUGGUGCCGCCAAUGCGGUUGCGAUGAUGGACGCAGUUGCUCCAGCUGUGCCGCCGCCCACAUCUCUGGCGGAUGCAACAGCGGCGCUGCGCAAAAAACGACCACCGCCGCCGCCGCCAAAACGCAGCGAUUCCACACAUCUAACGCAUCGUGUCUAA